GAGACGUCGAAGGAGGCGCUCUCCUCCACACUUUUACUGAAGGGAGAAGACGAAAUGUGGACAGUAGUGAACGAGCAGACGGUUACUAUUGAUGAUGGAGCGAAAUUCUUCUCUUCUGUCUUCAGAGAGUCAAUUCUUUUAACCCUUCAGUGUCUUCUUCUGGAGAGGAAGAGCUGUCAUGGGACGCGCGCGGCACUUCUCACGCGUCUGGAUUGAUGGAGAACCGCGAAACUUCGCAGUGGAGAUAGAACACGCGCGUGACGCGAUAGAGCGGACGCAGACGGGAUACAUUGUAACAAAGGCAAGGUUCCUGUUACUCAGCUGGCAGAGCAGGACACUAGUAAUACCAGUGGGUUUGAUUCCCAGGGAUAUCAUAUACUGAUCUGACAAGAAUGUAAACCUUUAAUGCAAUACUCCCAUUAGGGUGAGGCGUGCACUUGACCAGCCUAUGCCAUGAGUACUCAGAAGUCCCACGGCCGGACGUCAGCCACACCUUCCCGCCAACACCUGCUGCGUUUCAGUCUUCACUCCAGGAGAAAGAAGGAAGGUGUGAUCCAGGGAAAGCUGCGUAUCCGCUCUAUGCCUGGGGCUUUUAUUGUGCUGGGUGUGGUGGUUGUUAUUGUUGGCACUGCACUUGCCGUGGCUGGUUACUGGCCAUACCGGGCCCAUCGUGCAUUACUGGACACGCUAGAGGAAGGAUCAUCAGGGACAUCACCGGCAUCAGGACGGGGAUUAGGAACCAAAGGUCUUAAUUCUGCUGCAAGUUUUGUGCAUAGUGAGAGAAUGAAACUCCUCGGCCCAGUCAUUAUGGGAGUGGGACUCUUUAUACUUAUUUGUGCCAAUACGGUACUCUACGAGAAUCGGGACAGGGAAACGCAAAUGCUUCUCGCUCAGAUGCGGAGCGUCAUCUGCUCUAUUUCUGCAGCGGUGCCUUCGGCAGACCUCUUGCAGGUCAACUCCCUUACCAGGCACUACCAAUGGGUCAGCAACUUACCUGCAGCCCACCUGAACAUCCUCUGCUUGCAAGAAUUAUCCAGCUCAGAGCCGCUACUCCCAGUGAAGAGCAUGGACGAGGAGGAUAGCGUGCAACAGCAAGAAACCCUGCACACUGAGGUUCUUCAUCAUCAGGACUCUUCUUCCACCCCCUCGAUUCACUCCUCCAACUCCUGUAACAACAGAAAAGUCAUUCUUUGCACCGAGGAGAAGGGAAAUGCAAAUGAACUAGAUCUGCAGCUAGAAAGUCACUAUGGACUCAGCAACUGUGUGACCGCAUCUUCUAUGUCCACACUGGGUGAGGAGGACUGUGAGACUUUCUCCCUUCCACCCAGACGCUCAUAUAGCAUGAGCCACAAGACUAGACCACAAAUACUGCUCAAGGAUGUGGUGCAUCCAGUGGACAAGACCAUGUCCCCUAUAGGUCACCAAGGACUGCUUCCAAGACAGUCCAGCUCAGAGGUGUGUGUGAACAUGGUUGGGAUUGGUGUUGACAUUGACCUUAUACCUGUGGAAGAGCAGAGACACCUUAGCUGGCCUCAACUAGACCUCGGAAGCACCAGGAGGUACCUCAAGCUGGAGAACAAAGAAGACUCUGUGGAAAAGUUACUGGAUCAGCUUGAGCAGCAAUGCUUGCAGUUGAACACAAGCUAUGGCUCAGGCCCCUUCCAGUGAGACGAGGUUUAAUCAUUACAUCAGGGUUAAUGAAAUGGUAAACCCUGUGGUCAUGAAGAGCCUCACAAUGGGAUAUACACCUGGAAUAAUAGCACCUAGAAAUGGGUGGAUAUUUUUUUGCACAGUUUCUGGAAUCCCUUGAGGCCAACUCAUUUGCUAAUUUCUAAGAUCUAGCCAUUUAUCUCACUUGACUAGUUUUUGUAACUAGUUUGCUCUGAGAUGUACGAAGAACAGAAAUGUCGCUUGAAAGAUCGUUCACUUUUGCAACAUUCUCUCUUGCUGCCCUUGAUGGCAUGGGAAUAUAAGCAAACAUCCAGGAGCAAUCUAGGGAUGGAGGUGUUUUACAGACAUGGGAACAUGCUAAUGGCUUGUGCUACCAUUGAUCCUUGGAUGAAUCCGACCUCUUGUGUGCAAAAGGGCAAAAGGAGGAAUCUGUUUGGUAUUCUUAUGAAAGCUCUGCUUGUUUCCAAGACACAGUAAGCAGCAUUUCUAAAUGUGCAAAGUAGAAUAAAUGAGAACAUCGGCAAAGAUGUUCGACCAAAAUCUUGAUACCAGUUGGUAUACUUAUAAGGGGCUUUGUACCCCAAACUGGAUAAUGCUUGUUAUUUGACUACAAAUAAUGAAUUAGUUCAUACAGGCUAUCCACUUUUGGAUUGUCUAUUACAAUCUAUUUGGUUACAAAUUGACCCAAAGGAACCUCCUUUGCACAUUGUCCGUAAACCUUCCCCAGAGUAUCUGCUCUCCUCUUAUCUCACUGCUCUCCUAUCUCUGCCUAACGGUGGUGAAACAGAAGCAUAGAUGAAGGCACACUGCCCUCCUGGCUUCAUUAACUAAGUUGAUCAGUUUUUGCAUGCACUAAUGCGGGUACAUCAUUGCUUUCCCUUUAAAGGGCAGAGCUGGACGAGGCCCUCUUUUUUGCAGUGAGAAUGUGUAAUUUCCUUCUGUUUACAAAAACAAGACAGUCACCCUGUCUCUAUUUUGUCUGUGUAGCCUGUUUUUGAACGCUGUGUUGUAUGCUGUGUUUUCUCAAUGUAUACUGAGCAAUAUCCACAAUCUGACUGACCAAUCAUUGAUGAUGUCAGAUCCUUUACAACUUUGAACUGAAUUCCAUGCCUGUGUUGCAAAUAAAAGGCAAAGAAAAACAACUUAAAAUGAAAAUGUUUAUUUGCUGAAUACGUGAUGUUUGCACAGCACUUUGCAAGGCAGCAUUGUAUUAAUAUUACUCAAACAUUGUAUAUGUCUUCUCCACAAUUUUCUGCAAUGCAUUUAGAUUGAACCAGUAAACAUGCUGACUCCAUUCAAACUAUAUGCCUUUUAAGAAAUGUAAGAUUAAAGUCUGAAAAUCUCGAUUGUCGUGCAUUUUUAGAAUGCCAUUGAAAAUCUAACAGCGAUGACAUCUUCAUAAUAUUUACGAAGUGAAUUGUGUUUGGUAUUCUUUAUUGCGUUAUUUCUGAUUAUGUAAUUGUGAUCUGUGGUCUUUUUUUGUUGUUGCCCAUAUUUAAUCACCUAUAGCCACCUUUACACUGCAAAGACUGUGUUCCAUUGUGUAGAUGUAAAAACAAUUAUUCAUGAUAAUUA